UGAUUAUUAACGUAGAGUGUGCGCGAAUAUAUUUUUGGCGAAACUUUUUGUUGAGUAUUAAAAAUGUCGGAAAGGAAAGUCUUAAACAAAUAUUACCCAGCUGAUUAUGAUCCAUCAAAGAUUCCAAAGGGCAAGAGAAACAGAAAUGCUACCUUUAACAUUCGUAUAAUGGCUCCUUUCAAUAUGAGGUGCAAUAUGUGUAAAGGAUACAUCUAUAAAGGGAAGAAGUUUAAUUCAAGGAAGGAGGACGUAAUGGAUGAAGACUAUCUUGGUCUGAAAAUUUUCCGGUUCUACAUUAAGUGUCCAACAUGUGUUUCAGAGAUAGCCUUUAAGACUGACUUGGAGCGAACAGACUAUACCCUGGAGGCCGGUGCAAAACGGUUGUUUGAGGCUGAGAAAAUAGCUCAACAGAUGGCAGAGGAGGAGAGAAAAGCCAAAGAGGAGGAUGAGAUGAACCCGAUGAAGAUGUUAGAGAAUAGAACAAAGGCGAGUAGAGCUGAGAUGGAUCAGAUUGACACACUGGAAGAACUGAGGGAAAUAAACUCUAAAAAGAACCAGGUGAAUACAGAAGAAAUGAUUGAGAAAUACAGGAAGUAUGAGGAACUUCUUGCUCAGCUUCAGAUGGAAAAGGAAGAAGAGGAAAUCAAGGAUAUUUUUGGAGAGAAAGGUACCAUGGUAGUUAAAAGACUAAAUGAUUCGGACAGUGAUGAAGAUGGUCCAGUUAAAAAGAAAGUUGCUAUGACUACACCAGCUUCUGACACUAAACCUACAGAUAUACUUGCUGAGAGUGAUAAGAGCCAAUCAUCUCAGAAACCAAAGGAAUCUUGGCAGAAGAGUGUAGGAAGCUUAUCAUCAAAGCAGAAACUGAAAGGUUUAGUGGUGAGGAAAAAACCAUCAAGUCUACCAUCAGUAUCAUCUACUAUAUCAUCAAGUGAGCAUGCUUCCGGCAGUAAUGAUGUCACUGUAGCUAAACAUGAUGACAGUAACAACGAUUCUGAGAUCUCAAAAAUGUGA